UUCCGGUAAAGAAAAGCGUCUGCAACUUUUAAUAGCAAAGACAUAUAUAAUACAAGAUUUUAGUCUAAUUAUUUGAUAUGAAGUUUUAUGUGCACAGUGAAGAUCCAGAAAUUACACUUGUUAUAAAGUGGGACAAAACAACAGGAACAAUAAGUGAUUUAUCAGAGAUUGUUACUGAUAGUUUAAAGACAAAGUUUCCAAAUGUUAUGUCUGAAAAGAUGCUGCUGGUGUUUCAAAUUAGAGGGAAAAUGUUAUCCUAUGAUGACAUUGUGUGUAAGAAAAUAAAAAAUAUGGAUGAUGUGGAUGUUAUCUUGAAAAUCUUAAAAACUUCAAAUGAAGAAAAGAGAUGCCAGCCGGUAAAUAAUUCCUCUGAAAUCAUCAAGGAUUAUAUCUUUAAGGCUAGAAGUCUAAUGGAGAAACAGAGAACAAGAAGUGCUAUAUUGUUAUUUGAAGAGGUUCUUGUCAUUGACCCUAAAAACAGUGCAGCCUUCACAGGACUGGUUGACUGUUAUUUGCAAGCAAAACGACCACAGAAAGCUUUAUUUUAUCUCAGACAGUUACAGAAAUUACAGAUAACAGAUACAACCAGCCAGGUUUUAUUUCGAUUUGCACAAUGUUAUUUGAAAUUAGAUGAAGCAGAUAAGGCCAUUGAUGUUCUCCAAAAGUAUUGUAUUGAUUUAAAGAAGAGUGGUGGUACAGACACACGACGUAAACACCAGGUUCAGGUUUUAUUAGCAAAAGCCUAUCUGUUAAAAGGAGAAAAGGAUAUGGCCAUAGUUAUAUUGCAGGGAAUUUUGAGACAUGAUAAAACUUUUGUUGAUGCUUUGAUAGAAUAUGCACCCCUUUUGUACCCUCUAGGCCCAGCCCAGAGUGAAGAAGCAAUGACAAUUUUGUUAACACUACUAGCAAAUCACAAAGAUAAUAGCUACAUUAGAGAGAAAUUUACAUGGGCUUGUCAACAACAACAUGGUCUUACCAUCUUAGAGAGUGUGGCAGGAAAAGCAUGGUCAGACAUAGCUUCUUUGGUGUUCAUGGCUACAUCUGUCAGAGAAUGUGGAGCUGUUGAGGAGGCUAUUUCUAUCAUGGAACAUGCCUAUGAUUUGAAGAAGAGUGACUCACAUACUCUGUUGACAUAUGUACACAUGCUAGAGCUGAUAGGUAAACAAGACAAUGGAAUCGAGAUAAUAAAGAAGUACAUAGAAGACUUCCCUGAUAUGACUAUUGGUAGUUUUACAUGCAGGAAUUUACACAACUUUACCAAGUUCUUGUCUACUGAAAAGUUUUCUGCAGCUUUGGAUAAAGAAUUACCAGUGGAACCUGUCACACAACAAGAAGAUACAUUUACUUUUACUCCUGAUCAGCUGUAUCUUCUAGCAUUACUUCAUACACUGGUUAAAAUCCUGUAUGUGAAGGGUUAUCUCAGUGUGUUACCUUUCAUUACAGAUAUACUUGAUCCAUUAUCAGACAGCAAAGAUCUACACCUAACAAAUAUCAGGAAUGAAGCAGCUUAUUUCACAUGCAUAAGUAAAGUGAUGAAAACCAAACAUAAUUUACAGUUUGAUCUAGAGAAAGAAAAGCUUAUAUAUUUCAUUGGUGAUAGUCACUGUAUAACAUCUGCUUGGCAACAUAUAAAAUUCAAGGAAGAUACAUUUACCAUACAUCCAGUAUUAUCUACAGGUACCAAAAUAUGGCAUUUAAGGAGAGAGAGUCAAUUUUACCCAAAGAUAAACUUUUAUAAUGCAAUUAAAGUUAUUCCAGAUAAUGCAGCAGUUAUGCUAUGUUUUGGUGAAAUAGAUUGUCGAGAAGCCUUGUUAUAUUGUGUUGAGAAAGCCAAAUAUGAUAGUUUAGAAGAGGCUAUUGACAAAGUGAUAGAUAUAUAUAUAGAAGUUAUCAAAGAUUUAUACAAGAAAUAUAACUGGAGUAUCUAUAUACACCCUGUAAUGCCAGUGUUAGAUAUUACAAGGUCACUGGUAUUGCAGUUUAAUUCAAUACUUAAACAUAGAAUAAAGAAAGAGUCAACAGUGAAUUGGCUAGAGUUUUUGGAUGAUUUGUUAUAUACUAAUGAAGAUAACAGCUUAGCUUUAAAAGACUGCUACAAAUUUGAUGGAACUCAUGUUCAUCCAAGAUAUACAGCUUUACUGGAAACAUCAUUUAGAACAUGUACAGAUUUGUGAUGUUAGCUUACAAAGGCAGUGUAUCUCUGUCUUCAUAAUAGGCUUAUUGUUAGAGAUUAUUUUUUAAAGUUCAGCAGGUCUAUAUAUUCUUAUCAAACAUAAAAAUUCUUCUGCUUUUUCUUUUAUAUUUAUUUAAUGAAAUAAUCUUAGUUAAAUAUUGGUUAUGAAAUAAAAAUCUUUAUUAUA